CAGGGAGGCUGCAGUUCUCGUUAACCACGCCAUAUCAAAUCAAAAUCGUAUAUUGGUGAAUUUGGUUCUCGUUAACCUGAUUGAUCAGAGCCACCUGUUUUGACGACAAGAAUGGCUAUUAAUACCAAGCCUGUAAGUGGUUCAUCUCACUCUCUCUUUUGCCUUUUCAUUUACCUUGUUGUCCCAAUGGCUGCCUCAGAACAUUCUUCCACUGAUGAAGCCUUGGAGAACCUUCAAGAGGAGACCAGCAAACAAUCAAAGCUAGAAUUUUCCAGCGAUGAGGAGGAAUUGAUUAUCAGAAUGUAUAAACUAGUUGGUGAAAGGUGGGCUUUAAUAGCUGGGAGGAUCCCUGGAAGAACAGCUGAACAGAUUGAAAAAUACUGGACUGCGACGUACUCAACAAGUGAAUGAGAUGAAUUUAAUGUUUGAAAGAUACUGGACUGCCACAUACUCAACAAAUGAAUGAGAUGAAUUUAAUGUUAGCUUCAUUUUUCCUUAUGCAUGACAAUCUCUGCCUUUGAUUCAGCUCAUUUCAAACUUUGUUGUGUCACUGUAUCCGUGUCAGUGUAGUAUCAUAUUACUGAUCUUGUCAUGAGCUGAUUCACAAUCAGUGUGUUCUAUGAUUUUUUAUAAAUUCA